AACGGGCACACGAUCUUGCAAACCAAAACGCUGGGGAAAAAGAUACCAUCUAGUAGAAUUGCAAUCUACAGAGAUAUUUACGGAUAAAUACAAUCGGAUGCAUUAGAUUUGAAGAAAAAGUUUUUUUUUGAUUUUCUUUUGUUUUCUUGCUAGGCUCCUCGACUGCCUUGUUUACUAACCCACACAGCAUCCAUCAUGUCUGUCCGCGUUGUCGCCAGAAUCCGUCCGCUCCUGGAAAAAGAGCUGGACAAGGACAUUAUCGUCUGUGCUGACUCUGCGGAAGAAGGCAAGCCUCAUACGAUUGUCAAGAUCCCGAGUCCGAAGAACGAGGCGGAGGAGUUCUCGUUUACGUUUAACAGCGUCUACGACCAGUCCACGUCGCAGGAGACACUAUUUACAUCCGAGGUCCAACCGUACCUCAAGUCUCUGUUCAACGGCCUUGACGUGACGCUCUUCGCGUACGGCGUGACGGGCACAGGCAAGACGCACACGAUGCGCGGCGGCCUCAAGCUGGCUGAUCGCGGCGUGAUCCCUCGCCUGCUCAGUGGCAUCUUCCGUCGCGGGAAGAAGGUCGCUAAGGAGUCUGAAAACGACACCAUGGUCGAGGUUGCCCUGUCCUACUACGAAAUCUACAACGAUAAAGUCUACGAUCUCCUCGAGCCACCCGAGGCACGCACGCCGCUUGGCCUCCCGCUUCGUGCUGAAGCCAAUGGCAAGACUGUCGUUGUUGGCCUGACGGAGCGCACGUGCGAGGAUCUCAAGGACUUUGAGAAGCUGUACAUUGAAGCCAACAACAACCGCGUGACUGCGGCGACUAAGCUCAAUGCCCACAGCUCCCGAUCGCACGCCAUUCUCCGAGUCAAGAUUACACAAACCACUGCUGAUGGUCAGGUCCUCACUAGCACAGCAUCCGCCAUUGACCUUGCCGGAUCCGAGGAUAACCGUCGCACUGAUAACAACCGCGAGCGCCUUGUCGAGUCUGCCGCCAUCAACAAAAGCCUGUUCGUCCUGAGCCAGUGCAUCGACGCCAUUUCUCGAGGCGACAAGCGUAUCCCUUACCGCGAGUCCAAGAUGACGCGUAUUCUCUCUCUCGGACAGAACAACGGCAUCACCGUCAUGAUUCUCAACCUUGCUCCUCUCCGCAGCUACCACCUCGACACCCUGAGCAGCCUGACAGUCUCAUCACGUGCUAAGCGCAUCGAAGUCCGCGAGAUUGAGAAUGAGGUGGUCUUUAAGCAGAUGCCUCGCACCCAGUCUUCUCUCUCUAGCCUCAAGGCCAACCGCCAGCCCCUCCGCCCACUGGCUAACGCUUUGAGCGCGCACAACGUCCACAGCGGCACCGUAGCAGCUCGCUCGACCGCGGAUGCCAGCCGCCCCGUCAAGGCUUUCAGCGUCUACACCGACAAGCUGAAGCCAAUUCCUACCUCUCGCCCAUCCAUUGGCGGUACUGGCAACCCUCUAAUGACCCCUUCUCUGCGCCGCUGCAGCUCGCUCAAGCGCACCUCUGAUAUCCACGAAAACAACGGCAUCCCACGUCCCUCUAAAAUCGCCCGCCCAUCCCUCCUGCCCAUUUCUAACCUCGCGCCCAUCCCAUCCUCCCCGCGCGCCCCUCUCCCCAAGGAAGACUCUAUUACAAUGUCUGCGUCGCAGCUCGAAGCCAUUGUCGAGAAGAAGGUUAGCGAGAUCCUGGCUGCCCGUGCCGCCUCCGAGCAAACGGCCGCCAUCAACUUCACCCCUGCAGCAGCACCCCCAGCAAGCGAAGCCAUGCAGAGACGCCUAGAAGCUCUUGAGCGCCGCGUUGAAGGUGACGAGUGGCGCGACGAUGCCAAGUCUGACGGACUGCGCUUCUUGCUGGCCGCUCGUCAGCACAAGGAGCGUGGCGACGAGGCUGCAGCUCUCAAGGCGUAUGAGGCUGCGCUCCCAUUCUUCCCCGGCCAGGCGAAGCUUCUUGGUAAAAUCUCCCGCCUGCGGGCUCGUCUAGGCCUUGAGCCUGGAGAGGCUGUUCCCGAGCCUACCAUGCGCAUGGAUGGUGGCAGACGCCGAACCAUGGCUAGAUUUACCGUUCAUGAUGAUGAGACGAGGGAUAUGACGUACAUGUUUGCUCCCACGACAGCGUUGAUUCAGUGAAUUCUUUUUUUUGUUCUUGCAUUAUCAUAUAUCGUUUUUCUUUUGGGUAUGACAGGGCUUUUUGACUUAUACCCUGGCGUCUGGUGUUGAAGGAUACCAACCUGAUUUCGUUUGUUGGAAUAAAAAUACUCAUAGAGUCGAGGCAUUGCAUACUCUGUAUUAAUAAUGUUUACUCUUGAUUACUCUAC